GGAAUUUAUUAAUUUUCGGAGAGUAUCAGAAGAUGUUAAUAUAAAUAGCAGAGUGACGUUGAAUGGAGGAUGUAAAAGUGGGAAAUAAGAGUAGAGGGGAAGGGUACAAGAGUCAUAUUAGUAAUAGAUUUGAUACUGGUCCUCCUUUUAAAAAAGACAGAGAGAGUCGUGGUGAGUGGUGACUAGUGAGUGAGUGAUAUAAACAAGAAAGAAAAAAAAGAAGGUGAAGAAUGUGUUGAAAAUGGAGACAAGGGUUGUAAUGAAAGAGGGAGAUGUGGAGAAGCACAUUGGGGGUUGCAUGGCCGGCUUCUUCAACAUCUUCGAUCGUCCUCAUCUUCUCUCCCCCAAACGAUAUUCCCUGCCCAAACGUCUCUCCUCCUCCUCCUCUUCUUUGAAGACCGAACCUUCACUGGACUCAGUGAACCAUAGUGUCUAUUCUACCCCGCAGCUCCGGUCUCCGGCUCCCCCAGAGCAUCAUCAUCUCUCAGAGUUUAAACAAGUAGUAAUAUCUCCAAGGAGGUUCUCCAAAGAAGCUCCUAGACUCUCGCUCGAUAGCAGAGCCGUGGUGGAUGCCAAGGGAAGCCUCAAACCAAGACAGAUCCACCCUGAUGUGGGGCUGGGAUCUGGAUCACCCAGCGUGAUCGCAAGGCUCAUGGGAUUAGAGGCAUUGCCUGAUUCCCAGCAGCAGCAGCCUCAGCCUCUUCAGCGAUCUGCAUCUGAGUCGAGGGUCAUCAGCAGAUUUGUGGACAGCUUAAACUUCCAAAACUCCCAGAGCACGCAAGGAGUCGAAGAAGAUCACCACUCCAGGAGUGAGCCAUCAAGAGCAACGAGAGCUUCUACUUUCAGUCCGCUAAGGCGUAAGAUUUUUUUCGAUACCUUCCCCGAGCCCAGGCAAAUAAUGAUGAGCCGUGGAUCCUCAGACUCUGACUCUGAUCUUGAAACUCUCAAGCAACUUCUCGAAGCUCAUAGGCUCAAAGGACUAUUGCACUCAAACAGGAAUGUCGUCAUCCCUCAAUCUCCCAUCAGAUCUGUAACUUACAAGCGAGAUCUAAGCAAAGGCAAGACCCGGAGGACGAGUGAAAACAGCGUCAAGACUCCUAACAGGAGACCGACCCUCAAGGAAUCCUGGAGAGCCGAGACAAGGAACCGACGACCCGUUGAAGAGGUUAACAAACAUGGGAAAACUCUGUUGGAGAGAUGCGACAAGCUUCUCCACAGCAUUGCCGAAAUGGAGGCGGGAGAUUCACAGCCGAGUCCUGUCUCUGUUCUUGAUACCUCUCUUUACCACGAGGACUCUUCUCCAUCCCCUGUCAUGAAACGCACCCUUCUUCACCCACUACUUGAAGAUGAAAUGUUCAUGUCAUCAUCAUCAUCAUCAUCUUCGGACUCUGAAUACGACUACAUCUCCGACAUCCUCAGAGCCUCCAACUGCCUACCACACGAAUGCGACGUCUUCUCUCUUCUCGAAGAAAAGCAGGGAUACCUCAAGGGCGGCGCCUCGGCUCACGAGAGAAGGCUCACCUUCGACGCAGUGCAGGAGAUUAUUCGGCGGAUAAGGAGUAGGAGGGGGAGAAUGGUUGGAGACGCUGACGAGAUGCUGCAGGUGACGUGGUCCGAGUUUCAGAAGUUAAGAAAGAAAAGCUCGCAGCCAGCCGAGGAAGAAGGUGACCUUGCGGGAUACGUGUGUGGGGUCAUCGGGAGAGAUCUAUCAGAGGACCCUUGGCGAGAUUUUCAUGUGGAGAUGUCAGAGUCUGUUCUCGUCAUCGAACGGCUCCUUUUCAAAGAUCUCAUUGGUGAGACCAUACGCCAUAUGGCUGCUCUUAACAGGUCCGCCUCUCUGCGUAGGAGGAGGAGGCUGCUCUUCUGAUACACACACUGCCAAAACUGGAUUUAUUAAAAUCUCUGAUACAAUCCGAAACAGAACCAUUUUUUUAACAAAAUACAUGAGAGUGAUUGGUCUCUUAAUUUUUGGCUUCUUUUUAAUUUCAUGCAUUUUUGUUUGUUUGUAUUAUCAUUUUAAAAUGUGUGAAAAGGCUCAUCAAGAUAUAUAUUGCAUUCCGGAUUUGAUCAUAUACUUCUCCUUCAGCUAUUGUCUGCAAUGCUCAAUACUGUUGUUAUUUAUCAAAUUAACCGCGAUC